AUGCGUUCUACCCUCUCCGCUGCUGUCCUAUGUCUCGUGGGCUCUGUGUUUGCGCAGACCCCUACUGUCACCGUCACACAAGCUGGCGCGACUACCACAGUAUUCACUACCGGGAUUCCCUCAAUCACAGCGGUAUCGGACUGCCACCCUCAUAGCACUGUCCUCUGGUGCAUGGUCGGCGAAGAAGAAUACCAGGUAUCCGGGCCUACCGCCACUGAAGAAUUCCAAUCGGAAUAUACCGGGUGCCACACUCAUGGCUCAGAGACAUACUGCGUUGAUGACGCUGGAGAAGAUGUUCUGAUCAUGGUCGAUGCUGCAGAAUCAACAGACAGCUCCUCACACACUGAAGAAGAGUCACCUGCUGAGUCUGAGGCUGAGCCAGCUGGAAGCAAGGGACAUUGCCACGACCACGCCGGUGUUGAGCACUGUGUUGGUGGAAGUGCUGAGGAAGUCAACUGCGAUGCUCCUCAACGCGAUUACAAUAUCCCUUUACGAGUCGGCCUUCUCUUCGUCAUCCUCUUCACUAGUGGACUUGGUGUUUUCACACCGGUUUUGACUAGAAGGUUCAACCUUAUCGGCGCCAACAACAUCAUCUUCGUUGUCCUUAAGCAAUUCGGAACCGGUAUCGUCAUUUCCACUGCCUUCGUCCACCUUUUCACCCACGCCCAACUCAUGUUUGCGAACCAAUGUCUUGGUGUGUUGCAAUACGAGGCCACUACCGCUGCUAUAUUCAUGGCCGGACUGAUGCUGUCGUUCCUGGUCGACUACCUUGGUGCGCGGUUCGUCCAGUGGCGUCAAGGCAAAAUUGCUGCUCCCAAUACCGAGGUCGCAACUGGCGGAGACAAGUCUGGAAGUGCCUCCCCUUCUGCAGAACCCAGCCAUGAUUUCAACCGCAGCCAUGGUCUUCCUCAUGCUCAUGGUCCCAUGCGUGAGGCGACCCCUAUGGAAGAGAAGAUCAACGUCAUGAAUCUUGAGGCCGGUAUCAUCUUCCACUCCAUUCUCAUCGGUAUCACGCUGGUCGUAGCGAGCGAUGGUUUCUUCAUCACUCUCUUUAUUGUCAUUCUCUUUCACCAGAUGUUUGAAGGCAUUGCGCUUGGUACCUGCAUUGCGGAGCUUCCCAAGGCCGCUGCUGGUACAGCACAAAAGCUCCUCAUGUGCGGUACUUUUGCCCUCAUCACGCCUAUCGGUAUGGCCAUUGGUAUUGGUACCCUAGACCACUUCAACGGAAACGACCCUAGCACUAUCAUCGCUAUUGGAACGCUCGAUGCGCUUUCUGCAGGCAUCUUGACAUGGGUCGGUAUUGUAGAGAUGUUGGCCAGAGACUGGAUGCACGGAAAGUUGCUCAAUGCGGGUGCGGUUAGAACUGUUUGCGCCAUGUUCGCUUUGAUUUGCGGUCUUAUCCUCAUGAGUGUUCUAGGAAAAUGGGCUUAG